GCGGGAGUGAACGCUAUGGACCGGCGACGGGAACAGAAAGAGACCGGUUCAAUACAAGAGGUUGCAAGAAAUCUGGUGACGUUGCUGAGUGCACAGCAUCAAGCGGAUGGACCUCAGCAGACUGCACCAACUGUCCCCCCAACCCAGUCCACAAAUUUAACACAACAGACUUCAUCACCCACUACAACCACUACAGUGCAUAAAGAAAUGUCUAGGUCAUUUCCUGGUAUUUUUUCUCGAAGUUCUGCAAAGGGAAGAAAACGCUUUUUCUCUCCAUCCAGAGGGGUAUCCACAAGUGGCAAAAGUGUAACAUUGCAUUUUUUCUGCUCAAUGAAAACACUGAUAAAACACCAAAAGCAGGCAUGGAGAUGACACUUAUACUGGCUGGAAUGGGAGGUUCGGGGCAGAGAAAACUUUCACUUAUACCUCCAGAGAAUGAGGGUUACAAUGGCACCCUUCUGAAAUCUGUAACAGGAGGUGGGAAAAAUCUGAUCUACAUAGUACCACUUCAGGAAAAACUUGAUAUGUCACCUCUUCCUUUGGAUGCCAAAGAAUUUAAAGGCAUGCCCAAGGCAUCAUGCAAAGUUUGUAAUGCUACCAUGCCACUGCAAGUCUUGGCUGUCCAUGUUAAAACAUGUGUUGACCUCAGAUCCUCUGGAGAGGAAUUUGAAAUUCCUAACACGUCUCAUCAUGAGAUAAGUGCUGAUGGAGGUACUCCAGUUGCAUCGACAUUAAGGACAAACAACACAAAGAUCCUUGAAACUUCUGAAGGGACACCUAUGUAUGUCAAGAGGAAUAUACACUGGACGUUUUACAGAUCCAUGCCAGCUGUUCUGGAUAGAGUGUUGAGGAAGCAUCUGGACCAGACCAGGUUCACAAAUCAACCGGACGUGGAGAAAAAAAGUCUUGAUGAUGUCAUAAAAGAAAUCACAAAUGCAGUAUCAACCGAUGGAGUUACCUUUGAUAUUGCUGUGUCUCGCAAAAACAUGCUGGAAAGAGGCAUUGCGCAAUGGCAACGGCAAAAGAAGACAUCCCCAACCAACCCACUGAAAGUCACCUUCAUAGGUGAAGUUGGCAUUGACACAGGGGCCCUCCGUAAGGAAUUUUUGACAGAAAUGGUUUCAGGGAUUGAGAGGCGCUUCUUUUUGAAGGGAGUUAAUGGCUGCGUACCCACGUAUUCCUUGUCAGAUUUGGACAAAGGUCAUUUCCGGACUGUUGGUGAAAUAAUGGUAGUGAGCUUGGCUCAAGCUGGACCAGCUCCAAACUUUCUGAUGCCUUGGUGCUACAGAUUCUUGUGCACGGGUUCACCUGACUUUGAAAGCAUGGGCAGAAACGAUGUGGUAGAUGAAUACUUCAUUGAUCUUAUAUCAAAGGUUGAGUCUGCCAAUGAGACAACCCUUCUAGAUAUCACUGAAGACAUCUUGAACUGUGGUUAUACAGGAAUUAUUCUUUUGGAUAAAAAGGAAGAAAUGAUGCGAUCAGUUGUACUUCAUGCAAAUCUGAGGUUGCUCCCAAUUUUGCAGCAGCUAAGGAAAGGGCUCAGACUCUAUGGCUUGUCAGAUAUAAUGAGCACAUACCCAGAUACUUGCCAGCCAUUGUUUGUGCCAGGUGUUGAAAUGAAAGCAGAUGCAGACUUCAUCAUCUCUGUCUGCCAAGCUGAAUUCAGUGAGAAGGGUUCUAACAAGGAACAAUCUGAGGUCGACCUGAUGAAUCAUUUUCAGGAUUUUCUCCAGGAACUCGAGCAAGGUGAAUCCUCUUUGAGUUCUGAGAAUGGCUCAUCCCUGUCUCCAAGCGCCUUCUUGCAGUGGAUUACAGGACAGGCCCAUAUUCCUGUUCUGCAAGAGGAGAGGAAGAACUUUCAAGUGAAUGUGCAGUUCCUUCAUCAGUGUGAAUCACAAUAAGUUCAACACAAAAUAUGUUAUCCUUCUGUG